UUCAGUUAGAGUCGCCAUCUUCUUGUCGUCGGAAACGAGCAGAGAAGGACGACAGGCGGCGGCUGAAAAAUACGAAAUACCCGGCGUUGUUCUUCAACUAGUCAGGGCCGAACAGUUAGCUACAUGGGUACAUGGACUGCCUGCUAAUCAAUGGUUAUGCUAAUCAUAAAGUCCGUGUAGGUUUUCCCGGUUCGCUCAGCUCAAAGAUGGACGACAAAGCGGCGAGGGAAGAUGCCUGCCGAGAGUAUCAGUCCUCGCUGGAAGACCUGACAUUCAACAGCAAGCCGCACAUCAACAUGCUGACCAUUCUGGCCGAGGAAAACCUCAACUUCGCCAAGGAUAUCGUCGCAAUUAUUGAAGCGCAAAUAAGCAAGGCCCCAUCUGCCGAGAAGCUUCCAGUUUUGUACUUAGUGGAUUCCAUAGUGAAGAAUGUUGGAGGAGAAUACCUUGCAGUGUUUGCUAAAAACCUAAUCACUUCAUUUAUAUGUGUCUUUGAAAAGGUGGAUGAAAACACUAGAAAGAGUCUGUUCAAGUUGCGAUCGACGUGGGACGAUGUGUUUCCUCUUAAGAAACUGUACGCGCUGGACGUCCGGGUCAACUCUGUGGACCCGGCUUGGCCCAUCAAGCCACUGCCGCCUACCGUCAACGCCGGCGCCAGCAUUCACGUCAACCCCAAGUUUUUAAAACAGUCAGAUGAGGUGUCCUCUCCACCUCCUGCCACCACACCCACCCCUCCACCUCAGCCGACCCCACCACCAGCACCAGCACCAGCGCCGACGCCAGCUCCUGCAGCAGCGCCGGCCUCCCAGCCGGCCCCGGCCGUCAGUCAGUACAGUCUGACCCAGGAGCAGCUGAUCCGUCAGCAGCUGCUGGCCAAACAGAAACAGCUUCUAGAGCUGCAGCAGAAGAAGAUUGAACUGGAACUGGAGCAGACCAAAGCUCAGCUGGUUGGUGGAUUUGUGGUACCAACAUCAACUCCAGUCUCCACUCCAGCAGCAGCAAGCACGGCACCGAAGCCGGUCAGCCAAACUGCUCCUGUGGUGCGACCGUGGAUCCCUCCUCAGACUCAGACAGACUCCAAGCCGUCCACCAGAGACCCUCGUCUGAACCGCACUGGCCCCCCAGUCGGCUCCCAGCACAAAGAACAUUCUGCUGGAAAGAGGGCAGACGCAACCACAACAGGAAGUUCUGCUCUGGCUCCUGAGAAGUUGACAAGGCCAGACAAGGCCAGGACCCAGAGGAAAGAGGUGCCAGAGGAGAAGCCCAAGUCCAAGUCUCAGUCUCCGUUGGUCAAAAGUGUCCAGAGUAAAAACAAACAGGUGGAGGCCGAGAUUCAAAAGUCAGCUGAGGGCACGAAGAAAGAUCCCAGACUGAGGAAACGCACACAGGAGAAGACUGGAGAGGUCAAAGAGGACGAGCAGAAGGAGAAGAAAAGAUGCACCGACAAGAAGGAGAGGGAGGAGGCGGCACGAGGAGUAGAGCCUCAGAGGUUGCCCAAAGGGAAGCUGGUGAACGGCUUGGUUGCCAAACAUGACCGCGAGGAGUCCACAGAGAAGGCCGAGUUCAAGACCGGAGGCAACGCCCGAACACACGCCAGGAAACGCACCCGCUCACGGUCAAGGUCGCGCUCCCCAGCUGCCUCCCCCAAGAGGAAGGACAGGCGUUCACCCAAGAGCAGAGCCAGGAGCAGCUCCUUGUCUCCGUCGCCUUCUCACAAACUUGGCAAACCUCGGAGGAUUCGCGCAGAUGAACCUGAACACGGCAAACCUGGUCGAGAGGACCGGCUCACACCUAAAAAGAACCAGUCAGAGAGCAGGAGGUCAAAGCGGCCAGCAGAGGAUCGGCACUCUGAAUCCAGAGACUCUCACUCCCCGAGGAGCCACGACGGGGGAAGCAAGGAGAACAAGGACACUUCUCACCGCUGGAGGAGCGGCUGGGAGGAGAACAAACACCUGAAGCCAUCAGAAGACUCUCAUGUGAAGCCUGGACCUCCGAGACACAAACAGUACAGCACCCCGACUCGACCCACAACCCCCCGAACCCCGAAACACCGCCUCAGUGUUGACGCUAACCUGCAGAUCCCUGAAGUCCUUAACUCUGCCUCCAAGAAGGACCUCCUGCGGAGGGCCAGUAAGCGCCUGGAGAGUGGCGAGAUCUCCCAGGAGGACUUCCUGAACAUGGCCCACCAGAUCAAACACUUCUUCCAGUAUCAGGAGGAGCUGCAGCAGCAGCACUCUGACAGCUGGGACGACUCCAGCAACAACUUCUCCAAGAAGCAGCCGCUACUGACCACGCCCCCCUCUGCCCAGCCCCGCCCUCAUGACGGCAUGGACGCAGCAGAGCUGUCGUACUAUGAGCACAAGUCCAAGCUGAGGAAGACCCAGGUCGCGCACCGGGCCGCCGGAGAGGAGUGGGAGGGCGAGGAGAGUCCGGAGGAGGCAGAGGAAGGGAAGCAGGGGGAGAAGCCGAGCAGUGGACGGAGCAGCGGACACCCGCCUUCACAUAAAUACAGUCGGGCGUCACGGGAAAGACCAGGUGAAAGGCGGAGUAAAGAGCGUGAGGAGCCCCGGCCUCCACCUGGGCCCAUGAUCGAGGAGUACAACCACGGCAAAGAGUUCCCCACUCUGAAAUCUCUCCCAGGACUUCGCUUCAGGAGGAGAGCCGACCCCAGAGAGUCCAAGAGGUCAGAGGUCAGGUUCUGGAGCUGCGGGGUGUCAGGGUCUCGAUCAGUGAUACUUCAGCAGGGUGAGCGAGAGUGGACCUCUCCGCUGAUGGAGCGCCAGCGUUUAGACGAUCGCGAGGAGCAGAAGAGCGGCUACAAUGCUCCCAGGAGGUACGGCCCACCUACCGACUCCAGGCACUCAGACCCACGGAGGCCGGAUGGACCCCCACCUUCCGGCACUGUGGUCCACAGGAACUGUUCGAGCCCAGCUGGUCUGGACCCGCCAGUGCCGAGGUUUGAGCGCGAGCGGCUGUCGCCUCUUCACCAAAAAGACACGGCAGAGGCGAGCCCGGUUCCUCGCUUUGAGAGCCCAAACAGUGAGCAUUCAGACGAUGCACCUCUGGACGUCCCCCUUCCUCACCCUCAUCCUCCCCAUCCGCCAAAAUCCAUCCUGAAGGCGCCGGCACGGGCCGGACCUCUGUCUUCUGUCCGACAGCACAGUGACUCUCCAGGACACACGCCUCCUCAUGAUGGAGGACAUCCCCCCUCCAUGUACGAAGGGCCCGGACACAUGGGCCCCUCCAGACCCCACCCUUCCGGGUGGUACGAGGGUGGUGGCCCCGGAUGCUACGAUGACUCGUCUCGGUUUGAUGGGCCUCACCACCAGGUUCCCGGCAGGUUUGAUGGUGGUGGACCGCCUCACCACAACAUGCCGGAGAGGUUUGACGGGCCCGGGCCCCACAUUCCUCACGGUCCAAUGAGAGGCGGCGAUGGUAUGGGCCGGUUUGAUGGUCCGCCUCACCCUCAGGGCCCCGGGAGGUUUGAUGGUCCCGUCGAUCAGCGGCCUCCAGUCAGGUUUGAGGGACAAGGACCUGGACCAGGCCACUUUGAGGGCCCCAUGCAGCACUUUAACAACAUGGCUCCUGGUCCUGGAUCUGGACCAAUGGGCUUCCAGCAGCAGCGGCCCAUGCGCUUCGAUGGCCCUCCUAACCAGAUGGGCCCAAUGCGGUUUGACGGUCCUGGUCCAAUGCGCUUCGACGGGCCCAUGCAGCCUGGACCCAGGUUUGACAUGCCCAAUGUGUCCCAUCAGGGUGGGCCCCCGCUCUAUGAAUCUGCCCCAGGCCAACAGGGCCCCAUGAGGUUCGCACCCCAACACAACCUUCAGCCCCCCAUGAGGCCGAUGGCCCCGCCCAUCUAUGAGAACCCAAUGGCACCCCAGCAGAACUUCAACAUGGCCCCCCAGCGUUUCCAGGAGCCCAUGAACCCUCAGUUCCCCGCGGGACCGAUGCCCUUCCCUGCUCAGCCGAACCUGCAGCAGCCAGGAAGCUUCAACAUGCAGCCGGCCCCGCCCUUCAGCCAACCAACCCCCGCCCCCUUCUACAACCCUGCAGCCCCCGCCGUCAGUAUGCAGCAGCCGGUGAACAUGAUGACGAACCUCAACCAGCCGUUCCUGCCUCAGAACCCAGUGCCUUUCAGACAGCCGACACCGCAGGUCGGCCCUCAAGAAAACCACUUUGGUCAGGUUGACGUCAACGACCUGCUGUCCAAACUCAUCUCCAAUGGUAUCAUCAAACCCUCGCAGUCUGAACCGACACCGCAGACCGGCACAGAAACAGCUGCUCCAGCUGUUCCACCUGUGGUGGAGGAGGAAGAGGAGGAGCCGGAGCAGGUGGAGGAGGAGGAGGAAGACGACAACCUCCCAGACCUCACCAGCUUCACCAUCGAUGACAUGAAACAGCGUUACGAGAGCGUCGUGACGAAGCUGUACUCAGGGAACCAGUGCUGUCUGUGCAGCAUGAGGUUCACCGCCGCUCAGACCGACAUGUACGCCGACCACCUGGACUGGCACUUCAGGCAGAACCAUGCCGGGAAGGUCGCCAGCAAGAAGAUCACACACCGCCGCUGGUACUACACCCUCAGGGACUGGAUCGAGUUUGAGGAGAUCGCAGACCUCGAGGAGCGAGCGAAGAGUCUGUUCUUCGAGAAGGAGAACGAGGAGGAGGUUCAGAAGAGUCAGGCGGCGGCGAAGGAGAAAGAGUUCCAGAGCGUGAAGGCCACCAAGGACCAAGUGGGAGAGUCGUGUGAAAUCUGUCAGGAACCGUUUGAGACGUACUGGGUCGAGGAGGAGGAGGACUGGUUCCUGAAGGACGCCCUCAGGGUUGACGACAAGAUCUUCCAUCCCGCCUGCUUUGAAGAUUAUCAGAAUACGUCGUCGUACAUCGACGUGACGCCGUCGCCCAACAAGGUGCUCACUGACCACCCGCUGAGCACCUUCAUCAAGAAAGAAGAGGAGGAGGAGGAGGAGGAGGAGGGCACUUCCUGUGCAGUCGCUGCUGCUGCUGCUGCCGCCGCCGCCGCCAUAGCCACCAUUGCUGCAGUCAAACAGGAAGUGGAGUCUGAGGCUCCGGAGCCUCCGGAAGUGAAAAUAGAGGAGCCGGAGGUUUUAACAGAAGAUGUGCAAUUGGAUCAGAACAAAGAGUAACGCUGCUGCUGCCUCACCUUCACUUUUCUCCGGAGGUGUUUUUAGCGUGCUGAGUCCUCAGCAACAUAAACUUCAAUACAUUUUUGUAUUUGGAUUCAGCGCGACCAUUUCAGGUCUGGUGUUUUCUGUGAAUCGAAUGAGAACUGAAAUUGUUUAUUUAAAAGAGAAUGUUUUGUUUCUUUGGGUAAACGAUGUAAAUGAUUUAAUUUAUAAAUUAAAGUAUUUUUGGUAUCUCUGGUGUAACUGUGAUUGAGUCGAACAGCUGCUGCCUGUUAACGUCUGUAAAUAGUUGAACCGAUCGAUCGGGUUGUUUGACGACGGGUAGCUGCAGGUGUUGUCUUGUUUCUGGCUGCGUUCAAGGUAAGCAUCGUCUGAUUGGACGCCUGAAGACGUCGGCUGCUCUUCAGGAAGCGUUUUCUCCCGAGGAUCCAAGUCUUCUUCGUUGGUUUUUCUUUGGUCUCGAGUUGAUCUUUAAUAAAAGAGUCUGAAACUUGUUUGUGUUUGUGUGAACAAUGAUUGAUCUCAGUUCUAUUGUCAUUUAGGUUUAAAAGUCAAAUAAAGGUUUAGUGGAUUUAAA